AUGUCGAGCCCCGCUUCGUUUCAGAGGCUCGCAUGGCAUCGCAGGCUGGUUCAAGUUCAGGCUGCGCAGCAGCUGCACCCGCCUGCGCAAAACAGGUACUUCAGCGACACGGCGAAGGUAAGACUGCUAGAGGCUGGGCCAGGCUGCGCAGAAGCUGCCCACGCCCGCACAAAAUUGGCACUACCGCGUCACAACGACGGCGAAGUUGCUGGUUCCCAAAGAACGGUGAUGGAAUAUACGCCCACACAAACCGCUUCAAAGGUUCAAGACCUGCCCAACGCAGAGAAAACAAACGCCUGCUGGCCGCUGGCAGAACUCAGCAGAACGCGCUACAAGCAGACAGGAAACACCGCUCUGAGGAAUGCAAAGUGA